AUGAAGCUCAUUUUUGGUGCAUCACUUCUAAGCUUGGUUUGGGCAUCCAGCUUCAAUCCAGCUCGCCCACCAGCAAUUCCACUUGCAGUCAAGAGUCCUUAUAUGAGUACAUGGCUUGAAGUUGGCAGCGAUGGAGGAAGUGGUGGGAAACUUGCAGGAUAUUGGCCUCGGUUCUGGGCUGGCUCUCAGCCUGGACCUGUCGCUGGCAGAAAUGGAGCUGUCACAGCUUGGGUUGGCUUCAUCAAAGUCGACGGAGCGGCAUAUACCUGGAUGGGUGAUGCUUAUGUGAAUGGUGGAGCGCCUUCUCUGGUGACACAAGACUUCUUCGAAUAUACUUCUCAGAGAUCUACUUUCAUUAUGAAUGUAGCUGGGAAGGUCACGAUAAAUGUGACAUUCCUAUCACCGCUCACCCCCACGGAUCUCAAGCGCCAGUCAAUUAUUGGGACAUAUCUGUCUGUGACUGUAAACUCACGUGAUGGUGCGAAUCACAAUGUCCAGCUAUACGCAGAUAUAUCAGCAGAAUGGGUCAAUCCGACGCAUAACCAAGAGCCAGUAGCUUGGAGCUACUCUGUCCAGAACGGGGUUGCUAGUCACAAAUCCUACCAACAGACUCAGAGCGAGUUCAAUGCAGACUACCCCGACGAUGCUGCGCAUUGGGGAAACUGGUAUUGGUCUACCGCCGCUAGUCCAUCGAUGACUUAUCAAUCAGGGACCGAUUCUACUGUUAGACAAAACUUUGUAAGCAAUGGAGCUUUGUCAAAUACUCAAGAUAGCAACUACCGAGCCAUCAGCUCAAGCUGGCCUGUAUUUGGGUUUGCAAAUUCUCUUGGCAACGUUGGGACCACUCCUAUAUCCACCCUCUAUACAAUAGUGCAUGCGCAAAAGAAUGCCAUUUAUUACAAUGGAGCAAGUGGGCUCGUCGGAUUACCCUCAUUGUGGACAAGCUACUGGAACACGGACCUUGGCAUGGUGGAGUUCUUCUUUAAAGACUGGUCAAGUAAUAGCGGAGCACUUGAUCACAAGAUUGCAGUCGACUCGUUGAAAGCAGCAGGCCAAGACUAUCUGACCAUCACAUCUCUCUCGGCUCGACAAGCAUUUGGUGCUGUCCAACUCUGCGGAACCCCAACCAAGCCCUAUUUGUUUCUCAAAGAAAUCAGCUCCGAUGGCAACAUUCAGACAGUCGAUGUCUUGUUCCCUGCCAUGCCAAUAUUUCUAUACACCAAUCCGAUUCUCGUCAAAUAUUUAUUGGAUCCACUAUUUGAGAAUCAAGAAGCUGGCCGUUUCCCGCAGACCUACUCGCUCCAUGACCUCGGAGCGAAUUAUCCGCGUGCGAUUGGCCACCCAACAGGUGAUGGAGAACCUAUGCCACUCGAAGAAUGUGGUAACAUGAUCAUCGCAACUCUCGCCUACGCACAACGCACAGCAGAUACAGCGUACUUGUCACAACACUACAAGAUUCUGAAGCAGUGGACAGGGUACCUUAUCCAAGAAGCACUGAUACCCGUCAAUCAGCUAUCAACAGAUGAUUUCCAGGGCCAGCUCGCUAAUCAAACCAAUCUCGCUCUGAAAGGAAUUAUUGCUAUCGAAGCAAUGUCCGUCGUGGCGAGGAAAACUGGGAAUCUAGCGGAUGCAGAGAAUUACACAAGUAUUGCGCACGACUACAUCAAUAAAUGGCAGAAGUUUGCAGUAGUUUGUGGUGCGAAUCCUCCGCAUACUAACUUGGCAUAUCAGGAUCGGGAUUCCCAUGGGCUGCUCUAUAAUCUCUAUGCCGACACUCUCCUGGGCCUGAACCUUGUCCCAAAGUCCAUCUACACCAUGCAAUCAACAUUCUAUCCCACUGUCGCUCAGACCUAUGGUGUGCCCCUCGACACCAGAAAUGUGUUUACAAAGUCGGACUGGGAGAUGUGGGUAGCAGCUAUCAGCUCCCCAUCUACAAAGAACAUGUUCAUCUCCAAACUCGCAAAUUGGAUCAAUACCACGCCGACAAAUCGGGCUUUCACGGAUCUCUACCACACUCAGACUGGGGAUUUUGCGAAUGGACCGUUCAUUGCUAGACCGGUCGCCGGUGGUCAUUUUGCGCUGUUGGCAUUGGGCGGUGCGCCGACCGCUGCAUUUGGCAAGAGAUAUGGAGUUGAUGUUGAGAACGGUGUGUUUGACCAGUAA